GUGUGUCCAGGCUGUCUUGGCAAAAGACGCCGGAAGGGAGGAGGGCCUGUCUGUCGGUCUAUCUGUCUGACGUAAACUUGCUGGAGAGAGACAGGCAGCGCCGGUGUUUGUGAUGGCAGCUAGCUAACUAGGAAGGGCGACUAUACCUUUAAGUGAAAGAAAACGAAACAAGAAACAAUCAGCGGCAUCGCUGCGUCGCUUAGCUAGUUAACAGGGCUCACAGGGACUUUCGAUAUGAUAUUUAUUAAACUAAUUCUCCUGUUUUGCUGCCUACGAGAUAUUACAGGUCAGUUUGGGAACCCCUUGAACAAAUAUAUCCGCCACUAUGAAGGUUUAUCAUAUGACACAGAAGCCCUGCACAACAGUCACCAGAGAGCCAAGAGGGCACUCUCUGCUCAAGACAGGACCGUGCACCUGGACUUUCAUGCACAUGGAAGACAUUUUAACUUGCGGAUGAGGAGAGAUACGACUCUGUUUACUCCAGAUCUCAUCAUUGAGAUAUCAGGAGAAGAGGCACCCAUUGACACAUCACAUAUUUACAGUGGAGAGGUCUUUGGUGAAAAGGGCACACUGACCCAUGGCUCCGUGGUUGAUGGGCGCUUUGAGGGCUUCAUUAAAAGCCACCAAGGAACAUACUAUGUUGAACCCUCUGAGAGGUACCUUAAGGACAAGAAUGUGCCCUUCCACUCCGUCAUCUAUCAUGAGGAUGACAUCA